ACUUUCGAAUUGGCGCGUACGCUAGUACCGUAGCGCGCUGUGACGUCACGUGACGUCAGAGGAAGAAUGUGGUAUGUCGUUAAUACGCUCGUUUCCGGAACUCGUUUCUCAGAUUCAUUCGCAGGAGAAUAUUGGCCACUUCGAUGGAGUGUCUGAGCGAGGUGAGGAGUGUCUUGCGUUAUCUGGGCGUAUCGAACGACGAGUGCCGCCGAUAGAUGGCUCGACGAUUUCCUGUUCAGGUAGAAACCCUCUACUCACCAAGUACUCUAAUGAUAGCUAAGACAGGAGCAUGAAGGUGAAGGGCAUAAUGGAUUUUUGAUGGACAAUGGGCGGGACAAAGAUUAAACUAGCCUCGACAGUUACCGGCAUGAUACCAACACACAAGCCGUCUCAGGUUGCAUAUAAAUGCAAUUUGAAGAAAAUAAAGAAUAACUACGGUCUAAGGGUGAGCCGAAGCCAUCCUUCGUGAUGGAUCAGAUCGACGAGCAAGACGUCGAGAACCCAGGCGGGGGAUCAAUGGCCAACGGCGCCAACGGAACCAAUGGGACCAACGGUACUAAUGGCACAAAUGGACAACACCAAACUCCGGAGGGUUCUUUGUAUCAAGACGAGAAUGAGGAGUCGGAUAUGGAUGAUGAAGCGCAAGAGGACGAAGAGUUACUUGAUCCAGCUCCAGUAACACUUACACUCGGCUCACAAGUCUUGGACGCAACUAGCAUGUCUUCACUAGCGCAUUUGAACAAUUUCAUGAACCAUCCGUUACUCGCAAAGUACAGAAUGGAGCGUGGCGAGGAAUUGAUGCAAGGUAGAGGUAGUGGUCUGGAAGCUAUACAGGCUGCGAUAAACAAUAACAUGAGCUUGUUCCAACCGCAUAUGUACAUGCCACAAGUACCGCCACAGCCGUCACAUCUGCCGCAGUCAUCGGCAAAUCAAUUGCAAGUCGCGGGAGGAAAUCUCGGGGCUCAAUUGAUUGACAAUCAGGUGAUGGCCUCCAGAACUGGUGCCAUUGCGCAGCCCAACGAAUCCUCGCCACCUCGCUGCAGAAAUAACGGAGAAUCGUCGCAAGGAAACUCCAAGAAUAACGGAGAAUCCCCGCAAGGUAGCUCGAGGAACAACGGAGAAGCUCGUGAGGGUGAAGCUCGUGCUGCGUCAGCGAACAAUCAACAUCCAUCUGGUGCCAAUUGGAGCUUCGAAGAACAAUUCAGACAGUUGUACGAGCUGGACGAAAGCGUCGAACGAAAGGCGUUCCUCGACGAACUCUUCAGUUUCAUGCAGAGUAGAGGAACACCCAUUAGCCGACUUCCUAUCAUGGCGAAAUCCGUAUUGGAUCUCUACGAGCUCUACAAGCUAGUGGUGCACCGAGGCGGGCUGGUCGAGGUGAUCAACAAGAAGCUGUGGCAGGAAAUCAUCAAAGGUCUCAAGCUGCCAGCGAGCAUCACUUCCGCCGCGUUUACUUUGCGAACUCAGUACAUGAAAUAUCUGUAUCCGUACGAGAGAGAGAAGGAAGCACUAUCGACGCAGGAACAACUCCAAACGGCGAUCGAGACGAAUCGUCGCGAGAGUCGCAGGAACCAUUACACUUACACCAACAACGAGAACGCGGUGGUUGGUACACGCAGUCAUGUCAACACGAUGUCGCAGAAUCCGAUACCGUUGCCGCUCACCAUGGCCCAAAUGGCAGCGGUGGCUGCGAACGAGUCGCAGCACCACGUCGCAAAUGGACAUCUCCACGCUCCGCAGCAUCAUCUUCCGCCAAACAUGCCAACGUCUAGUCAACUUUCAGAGUACAUGAUGAGAAUAAUGAGAGACAGAGGCACAAUUUCUAAUAAUUCGAUGCUGCAAGGUAACACAUCGACUCCACCGCCUGUAAUGCCUGAAGGAUAUAAAGCGGGAUUGCAAUUUUGGAGUACAGUGUACAAUCCGGGCAACAAUAACAUGUAUCCAACAGGGUUGACACAGCCACCCUAUUCUCCAUCGUCGUCCCACUCACCAAUAGCUGCGGUAAAUAGCCCCGAACCACAGAGAGAGGCCUUGGAUCUCGCGAACUCUGGACACAGUUCUUCGAUUAGGUUGGACUCAGUCUCGUCUCCAACUAAUACGUCGGUAAAUUCACCACCGGGUGCGGAAAUGAAGAGAAGCGCAGAGACUGCUGAAUUUACACCUUCAACAUCUAGUAAAAGAAUGAUAGUAUCCGAUGAUGUAGGAAGCCUUAAUAUACCUUCUUUACGUAUUAGCCAGCAAGUUAACACAAGAGAGAAUGGACGAAAGGAACUAGAAAUUAGUAUAAAUAUUGAUGGUACUUUGUAUGAAGGCGUCCUGCCAGCUAAACCUACUAAGCGCGACGACAGUAGUACCCCGUCAAGCCCUAAUAAUGAUGAGAAAGGGACACAAGAUAACGAAUCGUGAAUAUUUUACAGACGUGAGUUCAUAUGAAAUAAAUUAGCCUCAAAGAGUCUAAUUAAUAAUUCUGCUUUUCAAACACAACAUUCGUUCAGUCAUUAUAGACAUUUAAUAUGAAAUAAAAGAAAGGAAAGAAAAGACUUUCCAGUACUUACAUAUUGAAAUAUUUAAUCAUAGCUUAAUGUUUCGUUAUAGAAGGUUUGCUAGAAUUGGCAAUCCUUGUGAAUAUGAUUUGACAAUCUGGCAUUUUCGAUAAAAAAUUUUAAUCGGAAACCAAACAAAUCACCAUUCCGUUUGCUUACUAUGCAAUGUUGCAAAUUAUUAUUUCGGACAUUAUCCAAAUGUCCAUAAUGCCUGAAUAUCUUGAUUAUGUUUGAAGUGCAGAAUUAUUGCGCUCGGAAAUCAACAGUUCCCGAGUAAUUCUAGUAUAUAAAUGUACAUAUAUAUAAUAACUUUUUCAUAUAGGAACUGAUAAAAAACAAAUCUUCAUGAGCAACAAAACUUUAAUAAUAAAUACUUAUAACUAUAAAACUAAAUUAUACGUAUUUAGUGUAUAUAAUUACUGUUAUUAUAUAGAAGAAUAAUUGUGUUGCUCCAUUGCUAUACUCCACUUUUUAUUACGGAUAAAAAUUUAUAAAUCAUUUGUAGGGAUUUAGAUAUUUUUAUUGGUAUUGAGAUAUCAGUGAUCUUUUUUACCAAAGUGAGAUUUGUUUAUAAACUGCAGUAAUUAAGAUAUAAUGUGAUAUUAGUUGCAGAGAACAUUAAAUGUAAUGAUUAUGAUAAAUAAUAUCUAUGUAAAUACAAAGAGAUUUUGUGACUAUUACAUACGGAAUGCACUAAUGGUGUCCCGUGUGCUCGUAUUUGACAAUCAAAUUUCACUAUGAUACUUAUAAAUAACACAUAUUUAUGCUUAGAAUUUGUUCAAUUGUGAGCUCCAAACAUGACUACCGUUACUAUUGGUUUAUCUACUAACUAUGGUUCAAUACACUUCAUACAUCCAAAUGACAAAAAAAAAUAAGCGAACUACAUAUCAUGAAGUAUCUCCUUAAUAUAAAUUCACUGGAUACCAUUAAUGUAUUCAGUUGUACUUUCUAAUGUAUUUUGACUAUAGAUUUUUAUCAUCGGAGUAUGCGCAAUCGGAGUAUAAAUACAUAUCUUACACAAUAUAUUCAUUUUAUGUCUAAAAAGCUGAGGUAAAUAUUGAUACAACUUUAUAUAAGUUAGUCAAAUUAGUUAUACCAAUAUAGUUAUAAUAAUUGUGGACACUAUGAAAGACUUUGAUUUUUCAAAAUAUUAGAUUAUAGAGUAUAGUUAGAUAUCGAAUAUUGUAAAUAUUAUUUUGCAGCUUUUAUAUGUAUGUACAUAUGCCUAUGGUACUACAGUUGUACAUUUUUCUAGUACAGUUAUUUUAAAUAGUAUUAGUGUCAAUAUUGAUUCUUACAAUCGAAAUUAUAAUGGCAUAAACAUUUUUAAUUCUCAGUGUAUCUAUAUUAGAUGAUUUCAAAUGCAAGAUUUUUCUGCUUAUUUUAUGGUAAGUUUUGCACUUGUAAAUACGAGGAUUAAAAAUAAUUUUGUGCCAUUUCUCUGUCAUAUUUUUUUCAUUAAGAUCUACCGUUUAUCUGAAAAUAUCACGUUAAUUUAACCUAUUAAACUAUUAAAUUAUGCGAAUUAUAAAACUAAGAAAACUAUACGUGCGUGCGUACAUGUGUACAUGCAUGCAUGCGUCUCUUUUAUACUAAUUUAGAUCAUUUUAUUCUUUUUUUUAAGAUUACUAUUAUGAAAAUCAAAGCUUUUUAUAUGCAAUAUUCUUUAAGUAUUUCAUAAGUUAUUCUUUUUGCAAAACAAUCAAUGUAAAAAAUACUAUCAUACAUAUAUUUCUUCUUUCCUAAUACAUGAUUUCAUAUACAUAAAAUUGAUUACAAAAUGUAAAUUUUUCAAGAAACGUACACUUCAAACUUCUUAUAUACUCUUUAAAGGAUAGAACAUCUAAAUUGACAAUUUGCGUGAAGGCAAAAUUGCAAAUAAAUGGACAUGAUUGGACAAUGGACAAUUAACUCUCAAAAUUGAUUCCGCAAUUAUUUGGAGGAUAAACGUGUAAUGCCUAACGCAAUAUUACGUAUUAUGGAAAACAGCAUUUUUGUAAUAAACAUAAAGUUAGUUUUGGAGUAUUAAAUAAUUUUGAAUUGAUUUCUUUUGAUACUACUUAAUCGCGCAACGUGUCACAAUUCCUUUGAUUUAAUUUAGGAUAUUUUUCGUUUCAUCUUUGGCGCGUACAUAAAAAAAUUUCCAGAAAUAAGUACACGGAAAUGACAGUUGAUAAUUAUCUAAAUUAUCUAAAAAAUUAUCUAAAUUAUCUAAAAAAAAAGAAGAGAGAAAAUCCAUUACCAUUUCGUAAUAUUUUUAAUAAAUUCUAUUACAAAUUAAUGUAACAAACAUUCGUUGAUAUAAUGACAAUAGAUAUUUAUAUAUGAAAUAUCAUGAAUCUCUCCCUCUUUCUCUCUUUCUCGCUUUUCCUUUUUUUCCUUUUCUUUCUCUCUCUGAAUAUAAAUAGAUAUGAUGCAUUUCUAAAGUUAUUAAAGUAGAAAGUAAUUAUUAUAUAUUAAGAAUAGUUAUAAGGUCAGUUAUAAGGGUCAGUUAUUUGUCAAAACCAAGAUUUCUCUUAUAUGAAUAAAACAUUCUUAGCCAUGAUAAUUAAAGUGUACACUUAGCAAACAUAUUAGUUACUUAAAAAAAAGGACUUGUUAAGGCUAUUCCUAUGUAUGCAAACAUAUUAGUAGGACGUGAGAUAAUGGUGGAACAAUUAUAGCAAGAUACAAAAAUUAAUGUUAUUAUCAAAUUGUACAAUUUUUCAGAGACUAAACUCUGAAAGAUUUCUACUAUUAUAUAAUAUUUAAAGUUUUAUUAAAAGACUGACAUGAUUUUUUAAGUAUAUUUAAAAAUGUUUUAAGUGCAGAAAUGAUAAGUACUGUACAAUCUCGUUAAUCCGACAUUAUUAAAAAGAUUGUACCGCAUUAAAGGGUUUCCCGGUUUGCUGGAAUUGUAAGGAAUAUAGAAGGUGAAUAAAAAAAAAUAUUAUAAUUGUGUAUGGCACACACUACUAUUUGAUAUUUCAUACAAAAAUGUAUUGUUUAGGAAAAUACUUUUUAACAUAUGUUUGCCUCAUUGCAACUAUCUUUGCGUUAAACAAAAUGUUUUGGAAACCCGCAGCAGUGGGUUGCUACAUGUACAAGAUUAUGGGCUACAUUAGCCAGAUUGUACCGUAAUGUUAAUUUUAGUUAAGUUUUAGUUAAUUUAAGUUACAAUUAUUAUCACAUAAUAUUGUUUGAUUAAAAAAUAGCAAGAUCUUCUCGGUAUUGACAUAGCAGUAAGAAACGGUCUAGCAUCUUUUAAAUAUAUCUGAUAAAAAUGCAAAAACUCAUAUCUUCCCUCAAAUGUUACGCACAAAGUCACACGUGAAUUGGAGAUAAAGAAAUCUUAUUCUACACACGUUUUUAUAAUUUCUUUUUCGUAUUCUCGUAUAUUUCACGAUAGUAACAAGAACCCACUUGAACAGGGUAUUAUUAAAAUAAUAUUACAGCUUUAAUUUUGAUGUUUCACAGCUGUAGACAUAUUUAGAUAUUAUAUAAUUAGAAUAUUAAAUUGAAAUAUCAAAUAACACGUUUAUCGCUCAAUUCUAAGUAAUAAGUUUACAAUGAAAAGAAGAGAAUCGUUCUUCAUGUUACCCCAGUCUAUAUCGAAUCGAAUGAGCGGUAUGAACGACAUAGUUUGUUGAACUAUGCACAAUGGACGUUUCAUGUGUCUAUAUUUAUAUAACAUCAAAAUUAAGUUAUUUUGAGUGUAAAUUUCUAUUUGAAAUAUGCUAGGCGCUUACUGCCAGAGAGAGAAAGGUAGCAUAGUUGCUAGAAUAGUUAUUAGAAAGUGUUGCUUAUGAUAUUAUAAGAUUAUAUAAUUAAUGAUAAUUAUCGUUAUUAUAUUAUCACAAAGAAUUGUGAAUA